CACACUGCGCGCCAUUGAUUCUUACUUCCCAGAGCAAAGAAUCUCGAGAGAGAUCACAGCUUUCUUCAACUACCACGCAGCAGUGCAGCAUAAACAAUUCAGCAAGCGAGACAAGCACCACAGACCAUAAGCCAUACAGGACACGAACCAUCGCAUCAAUAUGCCUUCAAACAAGAUUACUCUCUACGACCUCUCCAGCAAGGUCUCCAAGCAAUGCUGGUCGCCCAACGUCUGGAAGACCCGCCUAGUUCUCAACUACAAGAACCUCCCCUACGACACCGAAUGGCUCACGCACAUCACGAUCGAACCAACCCUCUCCUCCUACGGCAUCCCUCCCAAUGAGCCUCCAAAACAAGGACCACCUCAAUCAGCCUACACCCUCCCAGCAAUCCGACUCCCCGACGGCACAUUCGUCAUGGACUCAGCAAAGAUAGCUCCAGUCCUCGAAGAGAAAUAUCCCGAAAACUCCCUCCGCCUCGACACAGAAAUGCACGUCAAAGCGCAAGAAGUGCUAGGGCAGGUCGCUCCUCCCCUCCUCGGCGUCUUAUUCCCAAUGAUAAUGCGUCGGAUGAUCCCAGAAGACGUUGUACCCACAUGGCGCGCGAAAAAGGAAGCGGGGUUCGGGAUGACGGUGGAAGAGUUCGAAGCUGCGAAGGGAGGAGAGAAGGCUUGGGAAGCUGUCAAGCCUGGCCUGGAGAAUUUGAGCAAGUUCCUAAAAGAGAAGAAGAAGGAUGAGGGACCGUUUAUUUUGGGGGGACAGGUGUGUUAUGGGGAUUUUGUGAUUGCUGGGUUGGCGGAGGCUUGUAAGAGGAUUGGGGAGGAAGAGAUAUAUUCAAGAUUAGUGAGGGAGUGUCCCGAGGUGAAGAGUUUGCAUGAGGCUUGUGGGAAGUGGUUUGAGAAGGAUACGUGAGUGCGGAAUGAUGUUGUACAGCGAGAAUGUAGCGUUGAUGGGUUGAAGUACGAUGAUCUCGGAAUCUCUUGCCGAGAGAUAGAACUACCCUGCUACUACGAUGCCUGCAAAGCUACAGUAAGCAGUGCUAUCCGGCAGGCCAACCACAGAGCCUGGGUGUACUUCAGAUGUACAGAAUCACGCUCGUUCAGCUCACUCGGCUCGAACAUG